UCCGGGAGUCUCGCGCGUGGACAAACAGCGGCGGUCAUUUCACAGCAGUGUGUGUGAGUGAGGAGAAGAGGAGAGGAACCGCGCUCCGGUCCGGAUUCACCCACCGGCUCGCUCGGUCAUUUCCGUGUGUGUCGUUAGUUUGACCCGUUGUUGUUCUUGUUGUUUUUUUGGCGGAAGCUCGCGCCGCUGCUCUAGUGCUCGCUCUCGGUGUACGGAACGGUUGUGCGCGCGCGCUUUACCGGCUCCGCAAAAAAAGAAGCCAUAUCUGGGCAAAGUAUUCAGCAGCGCUAUAUAUAGAUAACACCGGAGAGCGGGACUGUGCGUUCUAAACUCCUUAAAAUCUUCAAGUCCUUAAAGUCUUCACUCAGACCAGCUGUCUGUCCUGAGGGUUGAGGAGGACAUUUUUUUCUCAUCCUGGUUCCUGCCUCCUUCCCGUCCUCCACCCGUCCUCCUUCCCGUCCUCCACCCGUCCUCCUUCCCGUCCUCCACCCCGUCCUCCACCCCGUCCUCCUUCCCGUCCUCCUUCCCGUCCUCCACCCGUCCUCCACCAUGUCGUACCGUAAGGAGAUGGAGAAGUACCGGGACGUGGAUGAGGAUGAGCUCCUGCAGAAGCUCAGUGAGGAAGAGCUCAGGAGACUCGAGGAUGAGCUUGAAGAGCUCGACCCUGAUAAUGCUUUGUUACCAGCGGGUAUGAGACAGAGAGAUCAGACGAAAAAAGCUCCGACCGGAACAUUCCAGAGAGACAACCUGCUGGCUCACCUGGAGAAACAGGCCAAGGAGCAUCCAGAUCGAGACGACCUGGUGCCGUAUACUGGAGAGAAGAGAGGGAAGCCGUGGGUUCCAAAGACGAAGGUUGUUGAUCCGAUUCUGGAAGACGUCACACUGGAGCCGGAGCUGGAGGAAGCUUUAGCCAACGCUACAGACGCUGAACUGUGUGAUAUCGCAGCUAUUUUGGGAAUGCACACUUUGAUGAGUAAUCAGCAGUAUUAUGAAGCUUUGGCCAGCAGCACCAUCGUCAACAAACAGGGUUUAAACAGUGUGAUCCAGUGUGCACAGUAUAAGCAGAUUCCUGAUGAACAUCCCAACGACACCGAUGUGGAACAGACACUAAUGAGGAUUAAACACAAUGACCCUGAACUCGUGGAGGUGAACCUGAACAACAUCAAGAAUAUUCCCAUCACCACUCUGAAAGCGUACGCUGAGGCUCUAAAAGAAAACACAGUAGUGGAACGACUGAGCAUCGUAGGAACAAGGAGCAAUGAUCCUGUGGCCUAUGCGUUAGCCGACAUGCUGCGAGUAAACACCACACUGAAGUGUUUGAACGUUGAGUCGAACUUUAUCACAGGAAAUGGAAUCCUGGCUCUGGUGGAGUCGCUGCAGUACAACACAACACUGCAGGAGCUCAAAAUCGACAACCAGAGUCAGCCCCUGGGUAAUAAGGUGGAGAUGGAGAUCGCUAGCAUGUUGGAGAAAAACAGCACACUGCUAAAAUUCGGCUAUCAUUUCACACAGCAGGGUCCGCGCUUACGCUGCUCUAACGCCAUGAUGAACAACAACGACCUGGUGCGUAUAGUUCGCUCAGACUCGGACGGAGCCAUCACCUUCACUCUGUCCGUCCCCGAGCUGGAGAGAGCCUUCUGUAAAAAAUUCAAGUUCUCCUCCAAACCCAAUAAGAAAGAAAAGGCGUGAAAGCGGCCCCAUUUUCCCUAAAUGUCGGACAGAUGUGUAGCAGCAGCAGCCAUGAUGGCGCCCCCCGGUGGCCUGGAGGUCUGCAGUGGCUGCAUUCUUUCCUUCCCUCUCUGAUUGUAAUUCUACUGUAAUGUGCACACACACACACACACACACACACACUCACACACACACACACACUCACACACACACACACACACUCACACACACACAUUUCUGACUAACUGUAGAAUGGAGUAAUGAAGCGUUUUGCUGGAGGUUGUGAGUGUGUUGAAGAUGGAGGUGAUGCUCUGCAGUGUAUCAGUCACACACACACACACACACACACACACACACACACACCCGUCACUCAGCAGUAAUGCACUCUUGAUGAAUCUCAGACUGUGUUUUAUUUGAAUAAUAAAGUAACUGUGUUUAGAUGUGUGUGAGGUUUAUUUCUGACCACAGAGGUCAGCGCCUGAGGCCGCGGAUGGGGAAGUGGGCGUGGCUUUGAGUCUAUGGUUAGAAGAAGCUAGCUAGUGAACAUAAGCUAACCUGAGAGAGUGAUGUUAGCAUCAUGCUAAGCCAGCCACUUCCUGUUAUUCCAAGUGACCUUUUCUUUUGCUCUCCCUCUCCCCUCUCCCCCUCACUCUUUCUCCGUCUCUCCCUCUCCCCCUCUCUGUUUCUCUCUCUCCCUCUCUCUUUCUCUCUCUGCCCCCCCCCUCUGUAUUUAUGUUAAUGGUAAAUCAGUGUGUAAUGAAAUUCAGAUGGAAAUGAAAAAGAGAAUUAAUGAUAAUAAAUAUUAUUAUUAUUA